UUAACCGUUGAUGCAACGUUUCGACCGGUUGCGUCAUCACCGGAGGCUGUUACGUUUGAGUCUCGCGCGAGUGACCCCCCACCACCUCCACCUCCGGCAGCACCGCCCCGGCUCUGGCUGAGCUCUGAUCCGCUUUGCCGGUGGAGGUAAUCGGUCUCCAGUCCAGUCCAGGCUCGGUUGCCGAAGCUGUCCGGGUGUCUGUCCAUGAACGGCACCAUGGCCGCGUCCUCACACCGGAUCAUGCUGGGCCCGCUGGUUGCCGCCAUCGACCAGGGCACGAGCUCUACUCGGUUUCUGGUGUUCAACUCCAAAACAGCAGAGCUCCUCAGCCAUCAUCAGGUGGAGAUCAAACAGAGCUUCCCCAAAGAAGGGUGGGUGGAGGAGGACCCCAAAGAGAUCCUGCAGUCGGUGUACGAGUGCAUGGAGAGGACGUGUGAGAAACUCACCCAGCUCAACAUCGACAUCUCCAACAUUAAAGCUAUCGGAGUGACCAACCAAAGAGAGACGACGCUUGUUUGGGACAAAGAGACGGGCGAGCCGCUCUACAACGCCAUCGUCUGGUUGGACCUGCGGACUCAGUCGACAGUCGAACGUCUCAUCAACAAAACCCCCGGGAGGAACAAGAACCACCUGAAGCAUAAAACAGGACUCCCGAUCAGCACGUACUUCAGCGCCGUGAAGCUCCGCUGGCUGAUGGACAACGUGGACGAGGUCCACGAAGCCGUCGUGUCUCACCGCGCCAUGUUCGGCACCGUGGACUCCUGGCUCAUAUGGUGUUUGACGGGGGGGAAGUCAGGCGGCGUCCACUGCACGGACGUGACCAACGCCAGCAGAACAAUGCUGUUUAACAUUCACACUAUGGACUGGGAUCCAGAACUUUGCAAAUAUUUUGGUAUUCCCAUGGAGAUCUUGCCCAGAGUGAGGAGCUCUUCAGAAAUAUACGGCCUCAUGAAAAUAUGUUCUAGCCUGAAAUCUGGAGCUCUCUCAGGUAUCCCCAUAUCAGGGUGUCUCGGGGAUCAGUCGGCAGCGCUUGUCGGACAGAUGUGUUUCCAGGACGGGCAGGCGAAAAACACGUAUGGAACCGGCUGCUUUCUCCUGCGAAACACAGGACCUAAGCCUGUGAUGUCAGAUCACGGCCUUCUGACCACCGUGGCGUACAAACUCGGCCGGGACAAGCCUGCCUGUUACGCACUAGAGGGCUCCGUGGCCAUCGCGGGAGCCGUGGUUCGUUGGCUGCAGGACAAUCUCGGGAUCAUUGGAUCAUCUGAAGAGCUCGAGAAGCUGGCUGCCUCAGUCGGCACAUCUUACGGCUGUUACUUCGUUCCUGCAUUUUCGGGUCUUUAUGCACCUUACUGGGAGCCCAGUGCGAGAGGCAUCAUCUGUGGGUUAACUCAGUUCACUAAUAAGAGUCACCUCGCGUUUGCCGCGCUGGAAGCUGUUUGUUUCCAGACACGAGAGAUUCUGGACGCCAUGAAUCAGGACAGCGGCAUCCCGCUAACUCAGCUCCAGGUGGACGGAGGAAUGACGUCCAACAGGUUGCUGAUGCAGCUGCAGGCCGACAUUCUCUGCAUCCCUGUUGUGAAGCCGUCCAUGCCUGAGACCACCGCUCUCGGUGCGGCGAUGGCAGCAGGAGCAGCAGAAGGCGUGAGCGUGUGGAGCCUGAACCCAGAGGACCUGAGUGAAGUCACCUCGGAGAAGUUCGAGCCUCAGAUCAACCCUGAAGAGAGCGAGUUUCGGUACGCUCGGUGGAAGAAGGCGGUGCAGAAAUCCAUGAACUGGGAGACGACGGAGCCUGUUUGUAACGGAAACGGUGAAACUAGUAUCUUCAGCAGCGCCCCGCUCGGUUUCUACAUCAUGGGCAGCAUGCUGAUGUUAAUUGGUGCAAAUUACCUCGCAGGCCACGCCUAGACUCCGACUCCUGGAGGCAUUAAAGCGAAGAGGAAAGUGGAAGCUGUUCACGCUGGACCACCACGUGUACUCUCACGGUUGCACUCGACGGUAUUCCAGGAGAAGGACGCUCACUGGCAAAGCGAAUGGGACUUUUUCUUAUUUUAUGUUUCCUGCAGCAGGCGAGAACACAUCGGUACAUCAAGAGUGUGCAUGCAGUAUUUCCUUUUCCUUUUUUUUUUACUGUAUCUUUAUGAAUUUUUGAGCUUAUUUAUGGUUGUUUUGGAUCGUCGUAAUCUUUCCGCAACCGUCUUGAUCGUGAGCUUCCACCAUGAGUUACAGAGCAACCUUAAGAGCACUUUAUAUCUUUGUUUUGUCCCGUUGGGAAGAUGUGAACUAACCCUUUUUCUAACAGUUUGAGUUUGUUUGUGGUGGGAAAACAAGGGAAGGAAAGGAGCAGAGUUGAUGAACUGACGAGGGUGCUAAGUGGUGAAAGUGUACAUACUUUUGUAAGCAGUAAAAAUCUGCUGUUUAAUGGGCAAACAUGCAAUAAUUGGCAGACAAUUACAGGAUUUUUCUGUGCAUGUACAUGCUGUUAAUAAGUAAUUUAUUUGUAGACCAAGGAAGACCCAAGAAGCUUGAUUGCUAAGCUUACGUUAUGGCUUGAACAUUCUCCGUUGUUUGUCUUUUUUUGGGGGGGUGAUGGCAUGGAUUCUUUACGCAGAAUUCGUAAUAUUGUCCCUCUGAUCACGAUUAUGAUUUCUCUAUCAGGGAAACUUCCACGAGAUGCUUAAAAAAUUUGUUAAAUUAUCAUCCACGGCAUGCAAAACAUCUCUGAAAUGAUGCAAACAUCUUCUCAGUGAAGAAGAAUGAUUACAUUAAAUCUCAUAAAACCUUAGAAACAUUCUUAAACAAGUCGACUUUGCUUCACGGAGAAGUUUGGAGAGUUAAACUUGAGGAAGUAGAAGCCAGUAAACGAGUGUCAGUAUUUAUUCGUCUUUCUGUGUUGAUCUGACACAAAAACAAAGUUUCCAUUAAGAUGGAGGUUUUUGGUGUUAACUGUUAAACCGGAGGUGAAAUUCUCGUGUUGGACCUUUAACUGUGAAAAUGUUUGGUCGUGAUUAUCGUCUCACACUGAAGAGUGAAAGUCGUCUCCACUCGUUCUUUCGCUCUGCACGUCAUUCCCUUCAGUUCAUUCACAGUCGAGUCGAUGUCUAACGUACGAAUGAGGAAACAAUGUUUCACCUGUUAUGUUUGGAAACCGGUUUCAUGGGAGAAUAAAUGUCAAAAAUCUGA